AUGGCAUCUAAAUUCAAUGUGAAAACUACUAAUAGCGGCCACAAGAUGCCGGUAGUAGUAACAUGUUAUAAAUGCAAAAACUUAGUUGAUAUAAAGAAAACUGCAAUAUGUUCAUUAUGUAAAAAUAGGUAUGAUUUAGACUGUGAUGGCUACCCGGAAAAAACAUACCGCCUAAUGGAUCAAGAAAGAAAAAAGAAAUGGCGAUGCAAAACAUGUAUAAAAAAUAAAAAAGACGUGAAUAGCGAUAUAACUAAUAUCACAGUGAGAAAAAAACAAAAUCUCCCUGGACAAUGUACAUCCCUAGAAGAAUCAUGUAAUACAGAGAAAUUGCAAUGUAUUGAAUCUUUGCAGGUAUCGGAGAAGGAUACGUCUUACACAUUAGACUCGCACGUACUCACGGACUAUAAUAUAUCUGAUGUAUCAUUUUCAACGCCUAGUAAAUUGUCAAAGAGUGUAGACGGCACAAUGUCUGAGACAACGUCAAUCUCAGAAAUGAAAUCUACAAUAUCUCAGUUAACCUGUAACCUUCGUAGUACUCAAAAUGAGUUAGAAAACAUAAUAUUAGAAAAUAACGAUCUUCACAGACAGAUAAAUAAGUUAACCUCAGAAAUUAAAAUACUAAAAUCGCUAUGCUAUUCUCCCACAAAAAUUGACAGUCCUCAAUCAGGCAAUACAACUAAGAAGAAGAGACACCCUUUGCUACUUCAUAGUCUAUCUUCCGUGCCAUCUUCACCGACAGUCACAUCAUAUACCUAUCCCCACCCUAAUUCGACGAUAUCAAGCCUUCAACAAAAAAUUACCAACUUGCAACAAGAAUUAAAAGAUGCAGAAAAAGAGAUCGCAUCUCUCAAUAAAAAAAUAACAAAUCUGACACAAAAUAUUGACUAUGAAACAAAGGAUAAAUGGAGCAAGACCUCAAAACCUAUGAUGAGACAGCAAAAUAACAGCCAUGAAAAAAUAAUUUACAUCAUCGGUUCUCAACAAUGCGUUGGCCUAUCCGCAGCUAUAUCACACUCAAGAUCAGACACACAAUAUGAACAUUAUGGAGUUAUUGGUGAAACGAAACCCUAUGCACCAAGUAACGAAGUAAUAAAAAAUUGCCACAACAUGGAACUAAAAUCGCAUGAUAAGUUAGUCAUAUGUUUAGGAGAAAACGAUCAUAAUAUAAAACAAGUUUUGUCACAAUUACAAGCUAUAAUAGUUACUUUUAGUAAAAAUACAAUAAUUGUACUAAAUGUUAUUAAAAAUAGGUACAUAAAUGUUAAUAAUUUAAACUAUCGUAUUAAAAAUAUUUGCGAAAGAUAUAAAAAUUGUAAGUUUAUAGAUUGUAAAAAAUAUUCUAAUCGCUUCGACAUUUGUAAAUCAAUAAAUUAUGCUAUUGACUAUAGUUACUACGAAGAAAAAUAUUUAAAUCCUAGUGAAAUUAGUAAACGAAUAGCGAGUAAUAGGCCAAGUUUUAAAUUAAGUAACACCAUAAAUAAACCAAAAAAAGGAACAAUUCCCUUCUACUUUAAAAAAAAAACUGACGCGCACUCAAAACCUCCUGUUAUUUAUAAGAAAGGGACCAUGCCCUAUUAUUUUCCGGUAAUAAAAAAGAACGAUAAAUUUUUUCGACCAUAA